CUCAGGCUGCGGUUGAGCGCCAAAAACCGCACAUAAGAGAAGCAUGGGAGCUUGUUCGCCUUCGCCUUCGCCGCUGUCGGCUCGUUCUCCCAAAUGGCAGAUCAGGGCAAACCCUUGUUCCUCUGAAUUCCCCGAUUGCUAUAGGAGGGGAUGGAGGGGGAGCAGGCUCAGUGAUGGGUGUGCCCGUGUUCGACCAACAACUAGAAUCCGUGUUGUUGAUGGAGGUGCCGAUCUCGUAGCUCCACCGGAGAUCACCUGGCAGAUAGCCAUCGGCUCUUUAGGCACUCCACUCCUUUCUCUGCCUUUUCAAUUGAGUUUUGGUUGUUCUUCGUUCCUUACUCCUCAGUUUUCAAAUUCUUCAGCUGGGGUAAUGCCUUUCGUGGUUGCAGCGAUCGAGUUCAGCAAGCGGAUUGUGGCACAGAGAAAAUGUGGACUUUGUGGUGGCUCAGGGCUAGUCCAGAGGGAGAACUACUAUGUCAAAUGUCCUGGAUGUGGUGGCUUUCUUCCAUGGCAGUCAUGGAAAAGGUUCUUUACAGGUUGACAUCUUCAUCUGAGUGGCAUACCGUUUCUCAAAAUUGUAUAAUACCUUUGGUUAUGGGUGUGUUUUAUGUAGAUGUAUACUACAUUGUGAGUUGUUUCCUAAUUUGCUCUUGUUUCUUCACUGGAGUGGAGGAUGCAAACAUUUCUCAUUCAAUAUGAAAGCUUUAGAUGA